AUGAAAGGAAAACGAGUAGAAAGCCGUGUCCAACACGAAUACUCGUCUGCGCCGAAGAUAGGCCGGGCUGACAAAGACGCGAAAACAAAAGUGGAGCCCCCCGAUGGGUGCGGAAAAACUACAGACUCAUUAGAAGAGUGGCGCGGCCGACUGUUUGCGAUCACACACCGGCAUCGCCGGGCAGAGAGCGGGUGCGCGGUGCCGGUGUUGGUGGUGGUGGCGCUGACUGGCGUGAAGAUAUGCGACCCAGACGACCAGAGCGUGCGCAUGUCGCAUGCGCUGCGCCGCAUCUCGUACGCGACGUGUGAGGCGGCGCGCGCGCUGUUCGCGUUCGUGGCGCGCGAGCCCCGCGCCGACCCGGCCGCCCAGUACUGCCACGCCUUCGAGACAGACACGCCCGAGCAGAUAGAAGAGCGACGGAAGCAAUUAAAUGGCAAUACGACUCUAUCGACGUUGGGAAUUGCUCUGUACGAGCGUAACGCCAAUCGUCUCGUGCUAGACGAGGCUGCGAUUGUGCCUUCCGUCCACAACAUAUGCGGACCCAUUGAGCCACGUCGAGCGGCCGCGGCUUGCAAAUUGAAACCCUCGCCCGGGGCGGGAUCGGGCGAAGGCAAAGCCCGCACUCAGACUUAUUGGAGCGAUCGCAUCGACCCGAUAUUGCCACGGAACAGACGCCGCCGGCCCAAG